CUCGGGCACGGCGAGGAGGUGUGGGCUGUGCCGCUCCCAACCCCCGUCCCCGGGCUCGAGUCGGUCCGCUUCCGCAGCGUCUCGCUCGGCGACUACCACAGCCUCGCCGUCGGCGAGUCGGGGUGUGUGUUUUCGUGGGGCUGCGGCGAGCAGCUCGGUCACGGCGACCCCGAGGCGCUGCGGCCCACGCCGCGCGCAGUAGAGUCGCUGCGCGGCGUGCGCGUGGGAGCCAUCUCGGCGGGCGGCAGGCACAGCCUCGCCGUCGACGAGGAGGGCGUCGUAUUCUCCUUUGGCCACGGCGUGAGCGGCCGGCUCGGCCAUAACAGCGAGGAGCCGGUGGCGCUGCCCCGCGCAGUCGAGGGGCUCAGCGGGGUGCGCGUGCGCGCCGUCUCCGCGGGGGGCGCGCACAGCCUCGCCCUCAGCGACACCGGUGUCGCCUACUCCUUUGGCGACGGCGCGUGCGGCCAGCUCGGCCACGGCGAGCGCACUAGCCUCUUGGCGCCACGUGCUAUCGAGGGGCUGAAACGGAUGCGCGUGCUCGAGGUGUCGGCGGGGGGGCGGCAUAGCCUCGCGCUGAGCGACGAGGGCGUCGUCUUCUCGUUUGGCCGUGGCGUCGGCGGCCGGCUCGGCCACGGCGAAGAAGAGCAUCAGCUGGCUCCACGAAAGGUGGCGGCGCUG